AUGGUCGCCGGUGAGGCCAAGCGUCCGCGGACCUAUCUCAAGCAGGGCUUCAAGUCUGUGUAUUGGCGCUUCGGCUUCUUUUUCAUCGGCGGCGCCCUGUGCGUCUCCAUCGUCCUCCCUUACAAUGACCCGGAUCUCGACAACGCCGGAGCCGGCACCGCCAACGGCUCGCCGUACGUCAUCGCCAUGAAGAACAUGGGAGUCGGGGUUCUUCCCCAUGUGGUCAAUGCUCUGCUCUGCACCAGUAUUUUCAGUGCCGGCAAUGCCUACACGUACUGCGCAAUGCGCUGCUUGUAUGGACUUGCCCUGCAGGGGCAGGCCCCGAGCUUCCUGAAGAAGUGUCUCAGCAACGGUAUUCCCGUUUACUGUUUUGCCGUUGUCAUGGUGUUUCCCUUCAUCUCGUUCCUCCAGGUAUCGGGCGACACAGCCGGUGUCGUGACGAAGCUACAGAGUUUGACGUCGGCAUCUGGUCUGAUCAACUACAUCGUGAUCAGUGUCACAUACAUCUGUUUUUACCGCGCCUGCGAGGCCCAAGGGUUGGACCGGAAGACCCUACCUUACACGGGAUGGUUUCAACCAUACUGCGCCUAUAUUGGUGUGUUCUGGAUGACUCUAAUGGUCCUCACCUUCGGGUACACCACUUUCCUCACAGGAAACUGGGACACCCUCACAUUCUUCUCCUACUACACCAUGGUCUUUGUCGCCAUCAUUACAUUCACUGGAUGGAAGCUUUUUAAGCGCUCGCGCAUCGUCCGUCCUCACGAGGCCGACCUCAUCUGGGAGCGACCUAUCGUUGAUGCCUACGAGGCAAAGUUCAGCUCGCCACCGACACGGUUCCGCGACGAUGUCAAAAAUAUCUUCCGCCGCAAGAACAAACAGGGUGCGGGGGCUGCCGAAGAGGCUGCAAUGGCUUAAGACUACAAUCCUCGACUUUUCAUCUUCAUUUUAUUUUCACCAGAUACCAGGGCUGCGACGGUUCUUGCGCAACACAAUUGUUGUCGUAUGCCCAACGACUGAUUGAUGACAGGCGUUAUGAAGGGUAACGCUGCUGAAGUACUUGCUCGCCACAUGCUUGCAAGCCAAAUUCACUCGUUAGAACAUGUUGCUUUGAAACCAAAUGGAUACCACAAUUUCACUCUCAAAA